GGGAGGGAGAACCCGGGGGCUGGGCCGCGACUGGCUGCUGGGAGUGGCUUGGAGGCGGGCGCGGUCACUCCUCUGCUUCCACCCCCAGCUCCUCCCGCUGGCUCCCCAGGCUCUAGGCUGGGUUUGGGUUGUGGUGUUUGGGUUGCACUAUCCCAAUUCCCCACCACCACCACCAAAACCCCACCCCGAGACUGCUGGAAACGCGGGGCAUCUCUUCCCCUCCUCGACAACCCCGUUUCCUUUUAGGCUCUCAGCCGCUAUCCGCCCUGGGCAUACAGCCCGCCAGACUUCCUGCUGCCCCGGGCCCAGCCUGGCGUAGGGAAGUCGAGUCAGCGAUGUGGAAGGGAGCUUCCGUGGCCCUGCGCGCGACGGGGGCGGGGGCAAGGGUGGGACUGCGGGCGCGGGCACGAGUUUAGUUCGCCAUCCCCCACCUCCCGCAUGCUGGCGCUGGGGCUCCCCGCAUCCACCCACCCACGGGCUGCCUAACUGCAGGAGGCUGGAGCUAGGGAGAGGCCAGCGGCGCGUGGCGGCUUCCCAGAGCGGACCGGAGUGGAGGGAGGAAGUUUCGAUGAAAGAACCAAGGCUGAAUGAAAGAGAUCAAGGGAUCUGCUCAGGGUCACACAGCUAGUGUCUGAUGUAGGAUUUGAACUCUGGCCUGCCAGGCCCCAAAUCUGCUGAAACACCUCACUCUCUCCCAUGUGAAAAUCCCCAGAGUGAAUAAAUGAGAGGAUGUCAAAGUGACCCAAGAUGAGAGGAGAGGAGGCAAGACAGAGGCGGAAAGAAGGGCAGGUGGGAAGUGGGGAGCAGCCCCGGUUCAGAGAGAAGAGCCCAGGGAGGCCCCCAGCCGAGGCUGUGCCAUGGACCUCCUGGGAGAGACAUCUGUCAGAUACCGAAAAGCCUCAGGAAGAGACGGCUUUGACCAUCGGCCUCCAAGUGGUCAUACCCUUUGUGUUGGCCGGCGUGGGGAUGACCUUGGCUGGAAUGUUUCUGAAUUAUAUCCAGCACUGGACCGUCUUUGUGGAGAUUAAAGAACUCUUAACCCUGGUGCCUUCCCUUGUGGGGCUGAAAGGGAACUUGGAAAUGACUCUGGCUUGUCGGCUCUCCACAGCUGCUAACACUGGGAUCGUUGAUAACCGUCAGCAGCAGCAAAUAAUGAUCAGUAGUAACCUCGCUCUGAUCCAGGUCCAAGCCACAGUGGUGGGCCUGCUGGCUGCUGUCAUGGCUCUUAUCCUGGAAGCCAUCUCUGGAGAAAAAUUUGAGCUGUCCCACAUCGGGGUCCUGUGCGCCAGCAGUGUGAUCACAGCUUUCAUGGCUGCCCUUUUCUUGGGAAUAGUGAUGAUUUGUGUGGUGCUGGGUGCUCGGAAGUUUGGGGUCAACCCAGACAACAUCGCCACACCCAUCGCGGCCAUGCUCGGAGACGUCAUAACCCUCUGCAUUCUGGCCGGCACCAGCAGCAUCCUGUACAAAUACAUAGACCAAUAUUACCUCUUCCCAGGGAUCUGUUUCUUCUUUUUCUCCCUCAUCCCAAUGUGGAUUUUCAUAGCAAAGAAGAGCCCCUCCAUCACCCAAAUUCUGAAGACAGGCUGGUUUCCCAUCAUCAUAGCCAUGACGAUCAGCAGUGUUGGUGGGCUUAUCUUCAAUAAAACCAUAACUGAGCAAAAGAUCAGUGGGAUGGCUGUCUUCACUCCAGUGGUGAAUGGUGUUGGUGGUAACCUGGUGUCCAUUCAGGCCAGCCGGAUCUCUACCUACCUGUAUUCCUGGAGUUCCCCUGGAGUCCUACCUCGCCAUAUGAGGAGCUUCUGCCCCACUCCGUGCUCAGUUUUCUGCUCUUCAGAAAUCAACUCUGUGUCUGCCCGUGUCCUGUUGUUCCUGGUGAUCCCUGGCCAUCUGACAUUCCUCUACAUUAUUCACCUGAUGGAGGGACAGGAGAUCAAGAUGGAUCUUCUGUUUGUGGUCUUUUAUCUGAUUGCUUCAGUGACCCAGGUGCUGAUUCUACUAUAUCUGGCAGAGAUAAUGGUGAGGCUGGUGUGGCACCGCUCCCAGGAUCCUGACAGCUACUGCAUCCCCUACCUCACAGGGAUGGGGGAUCUGCUGGGGACCAGCUUCCUGUCCCUCUGUUUUCUCCUUGACGCCUUCCUCUCUAAAAAGAUGCAUCCGAAAAAUCCUAGCAUGGUGGAACCUGGGGCUCCCUAGGGCUGAGGCAAAAAAGGCCAAGAUGCCUUCCUCUCUGGUAUUUGCAGCCUUCAGCAUCCUAAAAGCAAGUGCCCCAACAGUCAAACCAAAAGGAUCUGGGAGCCUCUUCUCAUAACCCUUUCUGCCAAGAUUAUCUCAUGUGGCCUCGAGCAUUCUUACCUGGAAGCAGCCCAAAGCAUGACUUGUAUAUACACAGUGUGGCAUAGGCUUCCCAGUGAAAAUGGUGUCUUGGAAGCAUCCAGCAUGCCUUUAGGAGGCUGCACAAAUCAGAGGGAUGCUGCUGUGGCCAGAGGUAUCAUAUAGGCUCCUCUCAAUGACAGUGCCCAACUUGGAGAUCUUCAGAGGUGCUCUUUGGAUCUACCCUUUACCCCUCUGCAGCUGUCCUGACCCCAAGGCAAAGCACUUCCCAAGGGGAGCACAGCUCUGCCUCUGGGCCCAACCAAGGGCACAAUAUCUCUCCUUGUUCCAACUUAUUUCAUCUCAACUUCUCUCCCCACCCCCAAAAAAACAACCUAUUAGGAAACACAGUGUUUGGAGAAAUGCAGAAGUAAAUUAUGUAGAAUUUA